GGUGGAGCUGGGCUGGUGGGGGCGUUGUUGGUCAGACUUGUCAGACUGGUCAGAUGGUCAGACAGCCAGUCUCGCUGGGAAACAUGGAGUUCCUGACUGUCCUUCAGUUCCUGAUCCCAGGCUUUGACAGAGUCACUUUACUGGCCGUGUUCUGCACAGUCUUUGCUCUGGUCUUUGACUUCAUGAAGAGGAGACAAAAGUGCAUCAACUAUCCCCCGGGCCCCUGGACGCUGCCCUUCAUCGGGAGUGUUUUUCAUGUCAGCAACGACAACCCCUACACAUCGUUUGAAAAGCUCCGUGGAAAAUACGGCAACACAUUCAGCCUGCAGUUUGGGUGGACAGAUGUGGUGGUGCUCAACGGCUAUGAGACCAUCAAGGACGGUCUGGUGAAGAAAUCGGAAGACACGUCCGACCGACCGAACAUUCCUGUCUUCCAAAAAUACCUGUGUGCCUUUGGGCAAGGCAUUGUCUUAGCAAAGUACGGCCAGUGGUGGCGAGAUCACAGGAGGUUUGCUCUCUCCACGCUGAAGAACUUUGGGCUGGGGAAGAAAUCUCUGGAGUUGCGAAUCGUGGAGGAGGCGAGCUUUUUAAACAACGAAUUGGAAGCCGAGAUUGGUCACCCUUUUGAUCCACAUUUGAGAAUAAACAACGCUGCCUCCAAUGUCAUCUGCUCCCUCAUGUUUGGGGAUCGUUUUGAUUACCAGGAUAAAAAAUUCCUUCAACUACUAGAGAUAAUUGAGGAGUCUAUGGUUCUGGAAGCUGGAUUUUGGGCUAAGUUGGUGAACAUGUUCCCCUUUAUUCACGGCCUCCCUGGGCCUCAUCGCAGAAUCCCUGAGAUCCAAAAGAAGGUGGCUGAGUUUCUCCAGGAAAUAAUUGCUGAGCACAAGGAAGUUUGGGAUCCCAACGAACCAAGAGACUUCAUUGACGCCUUCUUAGUGGAGUGUGAGAAGAUGAAGGCUUCUCCCAAUACGAGCUUCACUGAGAAGAGUCUGGUCUACACGUCCCUGGAUCUGUUUGUGGCUGGUACCGAGACCACCUCCACCACCCUCCACUGGGGGCUGCUCUUCAUGGUCUUAUUCCCUGAUAUCCAGAAGAAGGUCCAGGAAGAGAUUGACCGAGUGAUCGGGACGGAGAGGAAGCCGGCUCUGGGGGACCAGGGGACAAUGGCGUUCACCAACGCUGUCAUCCACGAAACCCAACGCUUCGGAAGCAUUGUCCCAAACUCAGUGCCGCACGAGACGUCCAGAGAUACAGAGAUCAUGGGGUUCUCCAUUCCAAAGGGAACGAUGGUUAUACCAAACCUCUCCUCCGCCCUCUACGAUCCCAAAUUUUGGGCGAAGCCGCACGAGUUUAAUCCGGGUCAUUUCCUUGACGACAGUGGGCGGCUUGUGAAGCCGGAAGCCUUCAUCCCCUUCUCUGCAGGGCCUCGUGUGUGCCUGGGGGAGCAGAUGGCGAAGAUGGAACUCUUCCUGUUCUUCACUUCCUUGCUCCAGCGAUUCAUAUUCUUCCUGCCGGAGAACGAGCCCAAACCCAGCUACACCCGCACCAAAUGUGGGAUCACCCGCAGCCCAAUGCCAUUCCAGCUCUGUGUUCGACUCAGAUAAACUCGGAGCUCCUGUUCAUCGCUGUGUUCUGCAUUAUUAACAGCCCGGACUGUCACACAGGAUAGAGCCCGUCACUGACCUGUGAUUAACGUAGUUGUGUGUUGAAUUCGGAAGGACUGGCUGACGUAGUGAUUAACAUCGUCGGGUAAAUAAUGACAACACUUAUGUUUGACGUCGGGAGGACGUCUCAAAGCACUUCACGGGAUUUUACAGUAAAGCGUCCUGAACUGUGUAUUUGGUGGUGAAUGAGUGAUUUCAUCUGCUUUAUGGUUAAACCCCGUCUGUAACGCUGACAAUACCCAAUCCUGGUCACUGUGGAGGAUGAAAGAGUCAUUUCAGGUGACGUUGCAGAAUCAUUUAUGAAUCGACCUUUGCUAUAAAUCGCUGCAAACAGAGCAAAGUCCGUGUAAUAAAAUGGGCUGAAAUAACGAAUUUCACACAUCUGGAAAUAAAAGUAUUAACUAUUUUGUUUAAACUGUA